UGAGAACCAGAAGUAAUGAGCCAGAAACAGUGUUUCAGAGAUCCUUGCUCAGUUGUAAUGAUCACGGUUCUAAGCACGGUUCUAUCGAAAAGUCACGUGGUAAUAUAGAAAAUCAGUUAUUGAUAAACCUUCCUAAAUUAAAAUGUUACAAGCGAGGCAAAUAUUCUCAUUCACUGCAGUACUUAUGGGAUCUCUCGAUGUAUUAGAUCCUUGGCCAUAGUCAAUUGAUUUAGUUGGUUUGAAUUCCUGUUGUUAUUUUAUGCCUUGCGAAUAUCCUUCCUGUGAAUAUGGUGGCUGAUAAUUGGAAUGCAGAAAAUGCUGAUCAGCCACUAAAGUAUCCAAGAUCUGUGUUUUUCAUUCUUGCCUCUGAAUUGUGUGAGCGUUACUCGUUUUUCGGAGCACGAGUUAUUUUGGCUCUUUACCUUCGAAACUUCCUGCAUUACUCAAAAGAAGAUGCCAUCUCAAUUUUUCAUAUUUUCACGUUUCUUUGCUAUUUUCUGCCAAUUUUCGGAGGCGUUUUGGCUGAUUCUUACAUUGGAAAAUAUCGGACAAUUUUAUACUCGUCAGUUAUACACGUGGUGGGGAACAUUCUCAUGGCCGUUGCAGCUACUCAAUGGUCUAAUUACUUCAGGGAAUUUUCUUUAUUGGGACUGUUUCUGACGGCUUUCGGGACUGGCUUGAUGAAGCCAUGCAUGUGUGUUUUUGGAGGUGAUCAGUUCGUUCUCCCGCAGCAGGCGAAACAGCUGGCAACCUAUUUCUCGAUAUUCUACCUUUGUGUGACUAUCGGCUCCCUAUUGGCUGCAAUUGCAGGUCCAAUCCUUAGACAGGACGUCACGUGUCUUGGGGAAUCGUCUUGCUAUCCUCUUGCUUUUGCAGUCCCCGCAGCUUUCAUGUUCCUUGGUCUAGUGUUGAUAAUAUGCGGGAAACCUUGGUAUAAACUACAAAAACCUGAAGGGAACAUUUUAGCUGACUCUUUCAAGUGUAUUCUAUGCGCUUUGUGGAGGAAGAUGUCCCCGAGACGUGGAUUAGAUGAACCCGCGCAUUGGCUAGAAUACGCCAAGGACAAGUUCCAUCCGCAACUCUUAAAGGACGUGCGAGAAGUUCUCGGGGUGCUCCCGAUGUAUCUUCCGGUUCCUUUGUUCUUCGCUCUUUUUGAUCAACAGGGAUCCACUUGGGUAUUUCAAGCUUCACAAAUGGACGGUGUCGUUUUCAACUGGUUUACAAUUAAACCGGACCAGAUCGAGGUGUUGAAUCCGUUAUUUACGGUAUUACUUAUUCCAGUAUUUGAACUCGUCCUCUAUCCUUUACUGGAAAAAAUCGGCAUCAAAAGGCCGUUGCAGUAUAUAACGAUUGGAGCGUCAUUUUGCGCCGCUGCAUUUGUCAUGUCAGCCUAUCUUGAGUACAAACUGGAGCCCUCUUAUGCAAAAAUGCCUGCUUCGGGACUAGGGCAGCUAAGGAUUUUCAACGGGUUACCGUGUCAAGUUGAUCUGGAACCCCCUAUAGAUGGAAGGAACCUCCUCUCACCCAAUGGUGAAAUACAGUGGACUGACAUUGAGGUGACUGGAUUUCGAUCAUUGGACGAAACCCUUGUUUUGAAUACAGAGCUAGCCUGUAAUAACACAACUGUGCCUGUGAAUUGGACAAGAGAGCUCCUCGUUUUUGAAGGGCAGAGUACGUCAUAUGUGAUCACUGUCACGGAUGAAGUUGCUGAUAUUGUAAGACUCCCAGGUUUUGACGAUGUUGCCAAGUCUCUAAACAACGUGCCCAAACUCAGGGUAGCGCAUAACCUUGACGGUCAUCUUUUCUUGAAGAAUCAGUAUGGAAAUGAGUUCAAUUUCCCGUUGAGGAAGACUGAUCUUGUUACAAGCUUAUGCGAGAUUGACCCUGGCAAAUAUGAAGCCAAGCAUGAAAAUAAAAUUGUGUUUCCGGAGCUCCUAAUUGAGACUGGAGGGGUUUAUACAUUCGUUUUGCAAGAGAUUGACUCCAAACUUAUAGGCAGCCUACAUACAGUUACCCCUCCAGCAGCAAUACACAUCCUAUGGGCUGUACCCCAAGCAGUCGUCAUCGCAAUGGCUGAGAUAUUGUUUGUCAUCUCCUACAUAUCAUUCGCUUUCACUCAGGCUCCUGAAAGAAUGAAAUCCAUAAUGACUUCAAUUUUUCAAAUGACGAUCUCCUUUGGUGGUAUGAUUGUAGUCUUUGUGACGAAAACUAGGUUCUUCCACAGACAGACCUUCCAAUUCUUGUUCUACGCUGGACUCAUGUUUUUGGAUAUCGUUCUCCUUCUUAUACUAUCAGCUCGAUACAAGUACAGAGAGACCGGAAACAAUGCGCCGUCACAAAGUGAUGUGUCACCGGAAAUCAACGAUAGAAACGUGCCCCGCGUAAUUGCAAAUGACGAAAGCGGAAGUAUGCCAAAGGUACAACGAACCCAAAAUCAUGAGGACGAAUUGCGGGGAGGAGGGGGCUUCCGAGACAGAGAAGCACCAGUGGAGGGAACCAGUGCUGAAGACACCGGAAACGUUGCAUCUGAAACCGGAAACGUCACUUCUGAAACCGGAAACGUCACUUCUGAAACCGGAAACGUCACUUCUGAAACCGGAAACGUCACUUCUGAAACCGGAAACGGCGAAAGUGGGUCGGUUGAACUGGAAACCGGAAAUACAACGGCGGAAAUAUGCUCAGGAGAGGACUACCAAGAUAGGAAAGAACCUAAAGAUGGAAGCAACAUAAAAUUCUUAUUGCAAGGUCAAAUUACGAACGAAUUGAGAGGUCAUUUCUGACGCUUUGAGGCUUCAGAAUUAAAGGCCGCAGUUGUAUUAUGUGGCGAGGCUUAAAUGGUCGAUUAUCGAUAAAUUCUCAUUUAAAGCUGUGGUAAAGAAUCAAUUGGACGUAUUUCUGUUAAACGGAACUAAGCGCCAAUUUGAGUUCCUUUUGAGGAUUUUAGAAUCCCGGAUAGCGC